UUCAUAUUCUAUUGGUUCUUUAGGCCUUUCCUUCAUCUCCCUACUACCCACCCUAUCAAAGAUGAAGAUUUUAUCCGUCACUCCUACUUUUGGAAUUGGAAAUUCAAUCUUACAAAUGGAAGGAGAAAAGAUGAAGUUGAAGAAGUUAGUGAAGGGCUUAGCUCCGCCUCUCUUAGCUGCCAUUUUAGCCUUAUCUCCUCUAUCCAACACCCCACUGUCAAUAGGACAAACAACUAUGGAUAUACAAAAAGGAGCCAUCUUAUUCAAUCGUUCUUGCAUUGGAUGUCAUGAUACUGGUGGAAAUAUUAUUCAACCAGGUGCUACGCUUUUUAUGAAGGAUUUGCAAAGAAAUGGGGUAGAUACCGAAGACGAAAUAUACAAAAUUACUUACUUUGGCCAGGGAAGAAUGCCGGGAUUUGGUGAGAAUUGCAGUCCAAGAGGCCAAUGCACAUUUGGGCCACGUUUACGGGAUGAAGAGAUUAAAUUGUUGGCUGAAUUCGUAAAGUCGCAGGCUAAUCUUGGGUGGCCAACCAUUGAAAUUGCUCAGGAUUUACCUUGAAACAAAUAUUAUUUAUUUUUUUGUGCAAAUGAAGUUGUUAUAAUGUAUAGGUGUACUAUCAAAUCACAUUUGAUUUAUGAAAAAAAAUUGAAAUUAAAAUUCA